GUUGCAGACAUAACUUCACAUCAACACUUCAGUUUUUUGAAUACAUUCAAACUAUGGCAAUGGUUAAUAUUUUAAUUUCUUUAAAGUUUUUCGCGAUUUUCGCGAUCUUUUUCGGCUACGGAGUUCUUGAUCUUGAAGCUUCUCACCAUGUUUACCAUGUUGAUAAUCUUGAAACUUCUGCUACUGCCGCAAGUGAAUCUUACAGAACUGCUUAUCAUUUUCAGCCACCAAAGAAUUGGAUGAAUGAUCCAAAUGGGCCAAUGAUUUACAAGGGAAUUUACCAUCUUUUCUACCAAUAUAAUCCCAAAGGAGUAAUGUGGGGUAACAUAGUGUGGGCCCACUCAACAUCAAAAGACUUAGUAAACUGGACCCCACACGAGCCAGCUCUAUAUCCAUCUCAGCAAUCCGACAUCAACGGCACCUGGUCCGGCUCCGCCACGUUUCUGACAGGUGGCAAGCCGGCCAUGCUCUACACCGGAAUUGAUCCAUUGGGCCAACAAGUCCAAAAUCUAGCCACGCCCAAAAACUCAUCCGACCCGUACCUGAUCGAAUGGGUCAAGUCAGCCCAAAACCCAAUAAUGGAACCCACCACCCAAAACCAACUCAAUGCUAGUUCAUUUAGAGACCCGACAACCGCAUGGUUAGGAUCCGAUAACCAUUGGAGGGUAGUGAUUGGAAGCAAAAUUAACAGAAGAGGAUUAUUAAUUCUUUAUAGGAGUAAAGAUUUUGUUAAUUGGGUCAAAGCAAAAAAGCCCAUGCAUUCAGCUGAAGGAACGGGUAUGUGGGAAUGCCCGGACUUUUACCCGGUUGGAGUUGAUUCGGUUAACGGGGUGGAUUUGCCCAAAUUAGGACCCGGGAUUAAGCAUGUACUUAAAGUGAGUUUAGAUGAUACUAAACAUGAUUAUUACACAAUUGGAAAAUAUGAUGAUAAGAAGGAUAUUUAUACCCCUAAUUAUGGAUCAAUUGAUGGUGAUUUAGGAUUAAGAUAUGAUUAUGGAAAAUUUUAUGCUUCAAAGACUUUUUUUGAUAGUGCUAAAAAUAGAAGAAUUUUAUGGGGUUGGAUUAAUGAAUCAUCAACCAUUGAUGAUGACAUGAAGAAAGGUUGGUCUGGUCUUCAGGCUGUUCCAAGAACUAUUUUGCUAGACAAAUCAAGAAUGCAACUCGUACAAUGGCCAAUUCAAGAAAUUGAAAAGCUUCGUUAUAAUCCAGUCCGAUUGGCCGGAAAAGUCCUCAAAGGAGGAGGAGCUCGUAAAGUUUCCGGUUUCACCGCAGCUCAGGCAAAUGUGGAGAUUUCAUUUAAGGUAACAAAUCUAGAGAAAGCAGAAGUAUUAAAUAAAGAUGUGAACCCACAAUUACUAUGUAGCCAAAAGGGUACAACAGUAAAAGGCAAUAUAGGUCCAAUUGGGUUGCACCUUUUUGCUUCAAAAGGAAUGGAAGAGCACACUUCUGUCUUCUUUAGAAUAUUCAGGGUCCAAAACAAGUACAAGGUGCUCAUGUGCAGUGACCAAAGCAGGUCUUCUCUGAAUCCUACUACUGAUAAGACAACUUAUGGGACUUUCUUGGAAGUUGACCCUCUUAAUGAAGAACUCUCUUUAAGAUGCUUGAUUGAUCACUCAAUAGUGGAGAGUUUUGGUGGGAAAGGAAAAAGCUGCAUUACAGCAAGAGUUUAUCCAGAGUUGGCUAUAAAUGAAAAUGCCAACUUAUAUGCCUUUAACUAUGGAAAAGAGAGUGUCACCAUCACAAAUUUUAGUGCUUGGAGCAUGAAGAAGGCUCAAAUCAAUUGAACAAGUUUGGGACAUUUGAUAAGAUUAUGAGAAUUAGGGUUUAGGGUAAUUCUAUUUCUAUCUAUGUUAUAUGUAUUAUUUUAUGCUUGUUUUUAAGUUAUAAUAAUAAGAAUCCAGUGGAUUACUAUUUGACUA